AUGCUAGACCUUGCUGACUUUGUCAGUGACCGUGGUGGGAACCCAAAUAAGAUCAAGGAGAGUCAGCGGAAACGAUUUGCCCCAGAACAUGUAGUUGACGAGGUUGUUGCCUUGUAUGAGGAAGCUCGCCGAGCUCGCUACGAAGUGACACAGAUAGGCUCUCAACUUAAUGCUCUUCUUAAAGAAAUAGGAAAGAAAAAGAAGAACAAAGAAGAUGCAAGUAGUUUGAUUGAACAAAAAACCGCACUGGAAAAGCGCAAGAAAGAGGCCGAGGACCUGGCUGUGCAAAAGGAAACCCAGAGGGAUAGCAAAGUUCGUACAAUUGGCAAUUAUGUUCAUGAAUCAGUCCCUGUGAGCAACAAUGAAGAUGAUAAUGCUGUUUUAAGAACAUGGGCACCAGAAACUCCUUCUGGUAACGAAAUGUGCAACCAGUGCAACAUCUUGUCACAUCAUGAGGUUCUCACUCGACUUGAUGGAUAUGACUCUGAGCGUGGGGUGAAGAUUGUCGGGCACCGUGGAUAUUGCCUCACAGGCUACGGCCUCUUCCUGAACCUUGCCUUGAUUAAUUACGGGCUGGAAUUCCUGUGGACAAAGGGAUAUAAGCCAAAUCAGCCCCCUCAAUUUAUGCUUAAAGAAAUGAUGGCGAAAACUGCACAACUUGAACAGUUUGAUGAAGAGCUGUACAAGGUCACAGAAAGUGAAGAUAAGUCCACAGACAAAUACCUUAUUGCCACUUCUGAGCAACCAUUGUCAGCGUUGCAUGAUGGAGAAUGGCUCCAAGAUAUGGAUCUUCCUAUCAAGUACGCUGGCUAUAGCACGUGUUAUCGAAAAGAAGCAGGGGCUCAUGGUAAGGAUGCAUGGGGUAUUUUCCGUGUCCACCAAUUUGAGAAGAUUGAACAAUUCGUGAUAACCAAACCUGAAAAUUCCUGGCAAGCUUUUGAUGAGAUGAUGGAAACUUCCGAGGAGUUCUAUCGCUCCCUUGGGCUGCCUUAUCAGAUUGUCUCGAUUGUUUCUGGGGCGCUGAACAAUGCCGCGUCGAAGAAAUAUGAUCUUGAAGCCUGGUUUCCCUUCCAAGGAGAAUACAAAGAAUUAGUUUCUUGUUCCAACUGCACUGAUUACCAAUCGCGUGCACUGGAGAUCCGCUAUGGUAUAAAGAAGGCGACAGAUUUGAAGAAGUCCUAUGUCCAUGCCCUAAAUGCCACUUUGUGUGCGACUGAACGUACACUUUGUUGCAUCCUGGAGAACUAUCAAACAAAGGAUGGAUUUCGUGUACCAGAGCCCCUAAGAAAGUACAUCCCGGGUGCUCCUGAAUUUCUCCCGUACACAAAGGAGCUUCCUAAAGACACUACGUCGCAAAAACCCAAGGGCAAGCAGGUUCCAAAAGCUACAACUGGUACAGAGGAGACCACUGGAAGGAUGCAGAAUUUGCGCGUAUGA